AUGCACUCUUCCUCCUUCGAAAAUCUGGUAGUUGCGUUUGGUGUGUACGUGCAUCUUCCUUUAGGGUGUCUGCAAAGAAAUUUGCGAGACACUUGCCGAGCUGGGUUGGAAGUCUGCUACUGAAAUACAGGCAAAAGCAAUCCCAGUAGCCCUGACGGGAAGGGACAUUGUCGGUCUUGCGGAAACCGGUAGCGGCAAAACGGCGGCAUUUGCUAUACCCAUCCUUCAGGUUUGUUCUUAUUUUGGCGCCUACCCCUAACCUCCUCUCGUAUAGACGCUGAUAAUGAAACCACGCUACAAUUAUGCCCUCAUUCUCACACCUACACGAGAACUCGCACUGCAGAUCAAAAAACACUUUAUGGAUUUGGGCGAAAAGUUUGGACUUCGCGUCCUCUGCCUGGUUGGUGGCCAGUAUGUUGAGGACCAGUUUCGAAGUCUUCGCACAGUUAAACAUCAUAUUAUCAUCGGGACACCGGGCAGGAUAAGUUAUCAUUUGGAGAACUCGAAAGAGCUCAUUCUCGGCAAGAUCCGUUACUUGGUCCUGGACGAAGCUGAUCAGAUGCUUGGUGGCAACUUCGAUACGCAACUUGAGUUAAUUCUAUCCAAGCUACCAGAGAAGCGGAAGACCUACAUGUAUUCUGCCACAAUGACGAAUAGCGUAAGCAUUUGUAUGCCGAGUGAACGAAAUAUCUCCUAGUUGGACAAGAUUCAGACGGCCUGUCUCCGAAUGCCUGUGCGACUGGAAACGAGCAGCAAGUACACGACCGUUGACAAGUUGGAUCAUGCAUUCGUUUUUUUGCCCGAGCAAAAGCGAGAUGCCUAUGUCGCAAAGUUACUGGCAGAUCUGGAAGACAAUGUAAGCCACUCAGCAUACCAUGUACUUGUCCGUUUUUUUGGCAUUUAUCCUUCCUGGUAGUUUGCCUUUAGUUUUGCGUGUCUGGCGUGAACAGAGGAAUAAUUAGACAUUCUGAGAAGUUAAUACUAUCAUAUUCUCCUGACAAAUACGGAUAGACCCGCGGCAAGCUCAUUAACGGCGAACUUCUCCGCGUCAAGUGACGGCCGGCUUAACUGUGUACAAUGUUUUCAAAGCGCAUAAGUGAUUUUGACAACUGUAGAAACACGCCCUACCGUCUGCUCUAUAUGGGGAGUGUGAAGUGAUCUUGUUCAAGCAGACAAAGCGGAUACCAUCUGGCAAUUCUCAAAAAUUUAACGGAAAACUGAAAAGUAGUUCCCAACUUUGGAGUCCUCCAGCUGGGCGAUAAAGUGGACGCAGGGAUAAUGGAGGCUUGUAAAAUAUUACUUCAAUUUCUCUCGCACUAACCAUCGUCAGAGAUUCAAUCACAACGGCCUCCAGUAGGCGUGAGUCUUAUCUACGAACUGCGGAUGUGCGUAGAAUAGUUCUCUACGAGAACCAUCGGUGGUACAAUUAUCAAGAUACACCAAUUUUAACUGAGAGCCUCGAAAAGAAGAACAAAAUGAACGUCAGAGCAUAGUUGCCGCACUUGCUAACUCAAACUACCUAACCCUUUUCUGACCUGCUUUAUCCAAUUUUUCAAAUCACAUCACGUAAGCCAAUUCCGUACCUACAUGUUUAAUGAAAGCCUUAAGUUUGAAUUCACAAUCCCAAGCAAGCUUUCAAAGCAUACGAGAUGUAUCUUAUCGUGUCUUGUGUAUUGUCCCAGCCUUUGGUUCUCAAGACCGGCCAUUCUUCUGAAAAUCUAUGCAAUUAAAUCGGUGUGGGGAUGUUUGCUGAAUUUGAACGUACAUACUUGUACUUGGUACGGCUGCGAUCAUACCUGAUCUGGCCAACCUCGAUGAUGUACCGAACUUUACCUCUACGCGUGAUGAUCCGCGGCAGCAGACCUGGAAAGUUUAACCCAUUGUCUUCGCCAACGACGGAGACCGAAUACCGAAUGUUCGAGGACCACCUUCAGGUCUUAACAAACUGUGUCGAGUCAGGUUUUGAGUUGAACCCACCUUCGACGCCUCCAAUAGGGUAAAGGUGCCUUAUCGAGAGCAUUAACACUGACCUCCUGAGGUAGACGACGAAGAACAUGCUCAAACCUCCUCAGUCGCUGUUCUUGGAUGGCCUGGGUUGUCCUUGCGAUGUCGCAGCGAGCGCGGACUAUUUCAUUUGAGAAGAAGUCGGUGUAAUUCACUCAAAGGAUAGUUCUCAAGCGGUGGUGGUCAACUACCUCCAGUUUUCGCCCGUCAUCCACGCGCACAGCCCAGCAUUCACAAAAAUAGAGAAGGACAGACCGGACAGAUGCACGGUACAUGCGAGCCUUGGUGACGAUGGAGAUGUCGCAUCGGAUCCAUAGGCCUUUCUAAGGCUUUAAAAAACCCGUCGGGCACCAUCAAUUCGGGAGACAAUCUCGUUCUCACUCUGCCCAUUGGGCAGCAACCACGUCCCAAUGUAUGUAAAACUGUUUACUUCUUCAAGCUGAAAGCCAUAAAUCCCAAGAGAUGCCUUCCCCUGGUCAGGGAGGCAGCUUGAAAACACUUUACCUUCUCAGCGUUUAUGAAUAAACCGACCGAUUGGGCGACCUCGUUCACUCUCGACACUAUGGACUACAGGUCACCAAAACUCGAAGCGAGUAAGACAAUAUAAUUGACAUAGUUGAGGUCAGUCAGUCGGUGUCUGGGUGCAAAUUCAGCACCGUCACCUUCGUGUAGGGCCCUCCCGAGGAUCCAGUCGAUGGCGUAGUUGAACGGAAUGGGUGACAGUAUACAACCCUGUUGAACACCAGACGAAAUACCAAACGGUUGGGAAAGACUGUUGUGGACCAGAACUCGCACGGUGGUGGAACGAUAAUAGGCCUUGGUCAUGGCGAUGAUUUUUGGCAGUGUCACCAUCUAGUGCCAUUAUCCGCCAUAGGGACUCACGAUGAAAGGCAUUGAACGCGGCGGCAAAGUCAACAAAGCAGACGGUCGUUGGUAGAUGGUAGUUAUGACGAAAUUCGAGAAUGCGCCUCAGGGUGAAUGUCUUGUCUGCGCAUCCACGUCUAGCGCGAAAUCUGGCUUGGUUGGGUCUUGUCCUAGAGUCACGCUGAGCCUGGAAUCGCUUGAGUAGGAAAAUAGCGAAGAUAUUCGCAGCAACGUCGAUGAAGUUUAUGCGGCGGUAGUUCUCGCACGUUGUCUUAUCUCUCUUGAGGAUAGAUACUAGGAUGCCUGACCCCCAGUCAUCAGAAACAACAUCCCCUCUUAACGCUUGUUCGAUCACCUCAUGGAGCUAGGACGCCAAAGUGUCGGCACAGGACUUGUAGGUUUCGGCGGGUAUACCAUCCUCUCCGGGUGUCUUGUUUUUGCGUAGCUUUCGUAUGGCAUCGGCGACCUCUCCUUCGGACGGGGGGUCGCAUGGCGCUGCACAGGUUGACGAGUGAAGAAACUCCGCCACAGAGAAGAGCAAGGGCGAGUUGGGUUGGGUAUCGAAGUUGAGGUGGUGCUCGAAGUGCUCACGCCAGCUUUCGAUUUUGACCGAGUUGUCAGCAAUAAAGCCACCAUUUACGUCUCGAACUGAGUCACUCAGUGUAGAGAGCUUACCGCUAACUUGGCGGAUAAGUUGGUAGAGUUUUCGAGUGUUACCAACGUUUGAGGCCUGUUCUAUGUAGGUCGCUAUUUCAGCCAAAUAUUGUUUGCGGUCAUCCCUGGCCGAUUUUGCCGUCGUCUUUCAAAGUCGGCAGUCUUAUAAAUAAGUCCUUCUUUUCUGCAGUUGCCAUGAUGGGCUUUGCAGUGCGCUCCCCUGGGUAUCCGUUUUCGCGGAGUAUAUCCCGCAGCUGCUGGAGUUCUGCCUCAACAGUCUUAGGAGAGCAGAUACAUCGCACUCAAUCUGCCAAUCCCUGGACCAAAUUGCGUUUACUAUUUAGGUGAACAAAACUGUGAAAAUUAAUGUAUUGUUCCGUCCAGGUUUUCUUUCGGAAUACCCUACAUUGGAUAGAUCCAUCCUCUUGUCUCUGCAGAAGAACAUCGAGGAACGCGAUUUCAUUGUCUGCCUGAAACUCUGUAGAGGACGUUAGCGAGGGGUGUGCAUUGUUGAAUUUUUGAAUCAGGGCGUCUGUGUCGGUGGUAACAUCCGUCAGACAGAAAAUAUGGUCCACGUACCGACCGUAGAAGCUGAGGUCAUUAAUGGUGUCUUGUAAACUUGUCAUCUCGACUUUGCCCAUGAAGACAUUGGCGAGGAACGGGCCGAGCGGUAAGCCCAUCGCUACGCCAUUUAUUUGCCCUUACAGUUGACCAUUGCAGAGAAACUGGACGUUUUGCGUGCACCAUGUCAGUAGUUCUUUUAGCGUUUCCAACGGCAUGCCUAACGGGUAGUUCGUGUCGCGGAUAACGUCACAAAGGUAGUUUAUUGUUUCGGCUACGAGUAUAUUAGUAAACAAUGAUGCUACGUCUAAUGAUAGCAUCCUCCGUCCGUCAACGUUAAUAUCCUUGAUCGCCUCGACAAACUCGAAGGAGUCCUUCAGACUUGAGGGAUACAGAUGACUUUGCAACGGUUUAAGCUUUACAACUAGCCUUUUUGCUAUGGUGUGAUAGGACGAAAUCCUCAUAUCCCUGAUUGGACGUAGGGGUAGUCCGUGUUUGUGAUUUUUUUGGGAGGUUGUACAUUCUGGGUAUGGCCUUACCCACUGACCGAUUGAUUACUACUGAUCAAACCCUCUGCCAUUCGACUCAUGGACUCACUCCCUUUUGAUUAUGGUCGGUAAUGCUUAAUAACGGGAGUGACAUUUAGUGGUGUAUUCUGACUUCAGGGGGAAUACGGUCGUUCCACUCUGCCUUUGGAACGCCUGUUUUGGAGCCCACGCAGGCGGUCGAAUUGCGAACAGCAAUCAAUAAUCCAAACUCUAAUCUCAAGGCAAAACUAAACGUCCAUAUUCUGUCCUACAGUCAAAAUAGGUCGGUGAACGCCAUGCUUAAUCGUCUCAAAUGCCCGACCACCGGCUUCUACCUUUCUUCCUCUCUAAAUUCUUAGCUGAUGUCCGAUUUGCGCUAAAUGAGUUUUCUGUGUUGAGGCAUACUAUCGUAAAUUUUAUACCUUCACAAUACUGAUAUCUAUAGUAGUUAUAAGGGAUAGUUCCCGGAUUGUCAAGACAAGGUAGCCAAAACGUAAAAAAGGAAAAUCGUAUUUGUAAACCUAUGUUUGCAGGCUGGUAUAAUACCUCUACCGAUGGAUGCACCUUAUAUACACUCGAGUUUUACGGCGACAUCUUGGAGCCUGCCUGUCUCUUCUAAUCAGGCAACAGUCGAAUUGCCAUAAACAUUCGGCUUCUAGAGUUUGGUUCCGAGGUGAUCGUUCCUCACAGGCUUUUCUCAUCGUAAUUGAAGAAAUUUCUUUAACCAACCAGCGCCUCUGGCAAUCCUGAGCAAGUUCUUUGUAAUCGUGUAGUUAUGACAUUGUUAAUUUACAAGCCGACUCUCGUUCUGUCUUAGAGUUUUCGUCAUUUAAAAAAGUCGAUCUGUUCCAAAGUUUCAGUCCCUUCCUGUUUAUGAUGCCCUUUGCACCCUGAUCGCUCGCACAUUGUUUUCCAUUUCGGCGUUCGGUUUAUUGCUCCCUGCGUCAGGGAGCAGGGCCGUUCGUUUGAGGAAAUUGGGUCAGGCUUCAGUUUGAUGUCAAACUAUCUCCUGAUCGGCGAUCGGUGGACGCACUUUUCACAGUAGUGACUAUUCCCGUUCGUGACCGACGGGAAGAAGAUCUAGUGGCCCACUGGUACAUCCUUGAACUUAAAACGCUCAGUGACCUAAGAAUGGGUCCCAGGUAGAACGAAGGACUUUUGGCAUAUCGUUUUUUUGCCAAGGUAGGAUCGUGUAUAAGCCACUUCUGCGGGAACAGUAUCGUUGUUUUUACAUACUGUUGGCGCCUAAUAGAAAAUGACACUGUUUUCAAGUCCACUUAAAUUUCAUCUCCCACCUUUAUGAUAUCCUUAAUCCCUCUUCUUGCGUCGUUCAGGUUACCAGUGAGUCUCGCACGAUCGUAUUCACUGCGACCGCCCGUGAGUCCGUUCGCCUAGGGGCUAUGCUCAAAUACCUUACGUCUUCCGAUCGUGUGGUCAUUCUGAAUGGACUGAUGCGCCAGGACAAACGUGGGACCGCCCUCGAAAAGUUUCGUUCGGGUGACGCGAGCAUCCUCGUUGCCACUGACCUAGCUUCCAGGUGAGUUUCGUGAUUGUUUUUCCGACGCUCUAGGUUACCUUUACGCAGCUGUUAUGAAACGGCAGUUUCGCUUUUUUUCGAGACUCGAAUCCAACAGUAUGAAUGCUUAUUGAAGGCUGAUUUCUUGAGCAGGAUGCGGACUUCUAAUGCUUCAAAUUAGGUUUUCCAAACACAAAAGUGGAAAGAAGAUAGGCUGGUCACCGAAGACCUUCAUUUUAUCGGUUUGAGCGGUCGGAUACGUGCAGGGCAUGUAGCGGGUUAAGGAUGUGAGAUCAACUUAAAUCACGCACAAUAAGUUCGUUUCGUCUACUGUCAGAAGUCAGGGAGCUGUGAGGACUAGUUUAUUCUGUACACAGGGCAGGUUGCCGUAAGUUGGCUGUUUGCUUGCAACAGAGAUAAGCGUCCGUUCACGGAGAGCGUCAGUCGCGGUGUGUUGUUUUCGCGGGUACGAGUGUCUGGGUCAGCAGGAGGGGGUGACUGUCUGCGUGGUGGUCGUAUGAUUGGACAAAUUAGGGGAGGAAUAGGGGCGCAUGCACACAAUGCCUCACGGGUAUCAAGCCAGGGCGUUAGAUGCGCGUGAGGUGAUGAAAGUUUGUGAGGUCAGCCGACAGUCACUGAAGUUGGACCGGAGGUGUCUGCGUGUUAGCCGGCGGGGGUGGCCGUGUGUCAACAGCUGUCGCGGCCAUUGUUCGACAAAACAGAGCCGGAGAAAAGGGGGACUGGAGCAGCCUCCGGUGAUUAACCGGAGGCUGUAAAAAGGGUUCAACAGUAGUUGGCUUUCGUAGUAUCUUCAUGUUGGCGGCGUGCAUCUUUCAGCGUAAACUGGGUUGAGCCAUCUGUCAGCGGACGCUUAACGCCUUAUAGUCAGGGAAAGGUCGAGUUUCUGGUUUACUGGAUUGCCGUUGGAAGUUCAGGCUUCUAGUUCGGACGAUAAGCCUCGCCCUUCAACAAGAACCUAAGGCUCAUAUCUUCACCUCCAGUUCCAUUUGCUGCCUUCAAGGUAAUUAGUAAUUGGUGUUCUUACGUAAAAGUCUUUUCGAGGCCCCUUUUCCUUUAUUUAACGCACGCGGAUACUGCUUAGUUCGUAACAUCACUACUGCUAUCAUAUGACACAGACGCCCAAGUGGUGCUAUGAUAAUAAACCUCUACUGAACUGCUUACAGUAGUUAUGUUUUUAGCAUUCUUUUUAUCGGGAGUAGUCCAGGUCUGAGAGCCACCACUGCGGAACUUUUUAAAGCACAAGUGUCUCCUGUAGGCAGAUUGUGGAAUCUUUACGCCAGUUGCUGGGACAUACUACUUUGCUGAAGUGCAGCGUGUAUGGACUCAGUUAUCAGUAGUAGUAUUAACUGUCGGUCGUGGUGGAAAAUGCGGCGUUUUAGAUUACUCAAUUGAACCUGAACACAUAAACAGAACCACUCUUCUGAAAUUACUGAGCACGGGCCGUCACUGAACGCUUGACUUUUCUGAUCAACGAACUGCCCAUACAGGCUGACUGAUGGUAUCAUUUCCUCCCACGUCUGUCUGCCUCGCUAAAAGUCUGCUUCAGCUUGAUGCAAAAAAUAGUUUUUUGCUAGAGGCGACAACCGCAUGAGUUGUGAACUACUCGGGUCAUGGCUUUCUGGUCCUCAAGCAAUCAACAAGCCUAACGACCUCCCAUCCCAUAUUCGGCGCUGACACUUAGCCUAGGUAAAGUAAUUAGCCGCGAGGAGAACGUGCGGAUAACCACUGUUCCCGGCAUCAAUGUCGGCGACCCAUAUCACCAAAGAGUCCACACGGAGGAUGAAAUCCGGUAGUCAGCUGUUCGGCGGUGUGCGAUGAGCGUGGGAGCCGGUAAUCUUGACCGGCUUACAGACGCAUGACAACGGCAUACGUCAACGCCUGGCCAGUUGAGCUGUAAUGCACUCGGGAGCUGUCAACUGUGAUAGGCAUGUAGUGGCCUGGCAACUUCAUCCUAUAAACAUUGCAACACCUGGGCGAUCCACUACCCUUAUCUGACUUUGCCUCUGAUGAUGGAUUCGAGUGAGAAUCCGCAACGUCGGGCUAAUAAAACAUUUGCUUCAGCGAUCGUGUCUCCUUCUCCGCCACUACUUCCUGGAGCUCGUCUCUUCGCUUCUAUUAGCUUAGUAUAUCCUAUUCGGCGUGUAUUUAGUCCACUGAGGCUGUUAUUGUUUGAAUCAAGUCUAGUAGCUAGUCUGUCAUGAAAUCCUGAUCGAAGUACUGAAAUGUGCUUUCGAUUAGAAAGAAUUUCUUAGAAUGCUGCUGUAACACUGAUUACCCUGCAGCUUAAUCCCAAGAUAUUUCAGGCACACCAGGAUCCCGGCUUUAUUAUGCGCUCCUUGCUUCUCUUUCCCUACUGAUUUUAGAUGCACGUAUAAAUUAAAAUGUAUUUUAUAGAAAAAACGGCACAGAAGUAUUCUUUCCUAUGUUACUUUGGUGGCAAAUUACGUUUUUUAUCAAAUUUUAUACUGAAAUAAUUUAUUAUAAAUUAUUAUUAAAUACUUUAAUUUUUAAAAGUUUCGCAAGGCCAGGAUGACUUUGAGCUUGGCUUGUGGUUGUAGUUUCGUUGAGGGUUUCUAGAUCACAUGCUGCAUAAUUUCCGUGCAUUAAUAAGAUUUCAUAUGGGGCUCAUAACAUUUUGCAAUAAGUGUGCACGAUUUUGUACGUUUCAAAAGCACCACUAAUAAACGGACUAGACAAGGCUGUAUUAAUGGACAAUUCACGCUCGUAAAGAUAGUAGAAAAUUUAAAUUUCCGGUAAAGCGGAUAAAUCAUUAUCAGUGGACGGGGUAGGCGGAUAUCCAUCGAGUGUAAUGAAAUAUUGCUUUGUCGAGCCACCAUGUGAAUAAUUUUGGUUUAUUUCAAAAAUGAGAAACAGUUCCCACGUGUUUGCACACCUAAUAUUAUGUUCUUUAACUGCACAGAGGCCUGGACAUUCCAGAUGUCGACUUAAUUGUGAACUACGACGUUCCUACUCGACCCACAUGGAGUGAGUCAGCCAAAACCUAUGUCCACCGUGUGGGUAGGACAGCCCGUGCUGGUCGGCCCGGACGCGCAAUCACGCUGGUCACUCCCUACUCGGCUACUCAUUUGAAAAUCAUAGAGUCUGCACUGGGUUCGCGCAUUCCCCAAUUACCCUGGUCCGAUCCAGCGCAGAGUAACCCUGGGCUCUCAGUCACCCUCAACAAGGCCAUUCUUCACGCCAAAUCGGUUUGUUCUUUUUUUUUCUUUGUUGUCUGUGACUGCCCACCCACAGGCCUGUGCUUGCAUCUAGCUUUGGAUCCGAUCCUGAAUUAGCACAUUUCUGGCAUGUAUGGAUCGAUGUGCAAAUCAGUUCAGCUGUCAUCACCACCACCCCUUCCUGCCUACAAUGUUGCUAAGCCAACUCUCACAUUCAGUCGGUUGACUAAUCACUUUUGGUCUUGCCGAAAUCGCACUGCCCGACCCUCCCACCUGCCUUGGCAUGAGUCUACUCAGUUCGCACCCUGCUCCUAUGCAAAUGAACAGCUCCACUCGACCGCCUGGCAAGUGGCGUUGGCGGCGAUCAAUGCGUGUGCGUGGGUGCAUGCAUAAGUGCCAGUCUGUCGUGCUAAAAUCUGCACAAAUUCUUUCUUCUGUCGUGUUCGUCCUUUUACGGUUGUCGACUCACCGAAUGGCCUAUGGCUUGGCCUCCACCUACACUGACCCCCCAAUGGACGGCUGUGUUACAUCAUGCAUGUGUCUGUCAGUCUUGUUUGCCUGUUAGGCCUUAGACCCGAGGGCAGUAGGUUUUGUCGCGCUUCCUAGUCAUCUAAUCGGGAGCGGUUCCAAAAGUCGGUUAUUCACGGUGAGAAUUUGCAUGCUCCAAUUAGUUGCUGCCCUUUCCCCGCCACUCCCUCUCCCUCGUCCCCUCUUCCUGCAUCUACCUCGCCUGGUCAUUUAAAUUCUUAGUCCUGCGCCUGCAGCCCUACCUCCCAUCCCGUAGAUCAUGUUAGAUCAAGGCAUCUCCGAGCUGAUCCGUUGCACUGUUGGAGGAUUUAUUUCGUGUUGGUGCUUUUCGCCAGAACGAAGCACGCCUCCUGCUUUGUCGGCACUGAUUCUCCAUUUUUGGUUUCUCGCAGCCAUAUGAACUUUGAGUCGGACCUCUGAGACAAAACGUACUUCGUCCUGUGAUCAGACAUGGUCGGCGAACGACGCUGCGUGGAGCCUUGAUUAUCGCCGAUGAUAGCCCACAGGACAUGAGCCCACGGCUCAGUGGUUGAGCCUUGGUUCGAUGACCAACUGUGCCUAAGUUGAGAUCGACAGGGGGGUUGAGAUACGACGGACCAACGGCAGUAAUUAAGCCACAAGUAGUCGUUCCAAUUUUCUUCGUCUCUUCUGACAUUUCCCCACAUCUUUAGCAUUUUCAUCGACUCUGGUCUAUGCCAGUGCCAUUGUGAUCAGCCACUGGUUUUUCUUAGCGUCCACUGGUAGUAUAGGCAGUCCACUUCUGCGUGUUGAUCCCCCAAAACACUGCACAAUGGUGAAAAUUCUCGCACCAGAUAAACAUCGCCCUCCAUAUCAUUUUAGGAUUGCCCAAAUUUUAGCCAUGUUCGGGGAAUGGGUAGAAUUUUCGUAAUCAUGAGAUAACCCCGGUUUUAGCAAUAUCCCACAGCGUUUUCACUCAUUUAAACCACUCGUCAACUGUUUAGCUAAUACCACCCGUUAACUCUGUUCUCUCUUGAUAUUGCCCAGAUUCUUCGUUCAAACGAUAAGAAACAACGGAAGCUGAAUAAGAAGAAGGCCAAGAGGCGAAAAAUGUCCCAGGAUGGCCAAGAAGACCUUUCUGCUGCAUCUCUGUCCGAAAGCGAAUGA